ACUCGCGCGCGACGCGUUCCAAAUUUAAAUUUUAAAAAAUAUAGUGAAGUGACAGUUGGUGAUUGUGUUACUGUCUUCUUUCUAUUUCAAACGAUAGAGGGAGUGAUGGUUAGUUUUGUUAUGGAUUCUCUGACAAUGGAUCUAGGAUUCAGCUUUUUGUGAACCUGCAGUUAACAUGUGAUGCACACAAACUUCAGAUGGCGUAGAAAAGCAGUCGGAGACAUCCAUCACAAAUGUUAUUGAACGGUCUAAUGGAAGGGGAACCUUUACCCAAGACCAACUUGAUACCGUCGAUCAAGCUCGAAAAGGGACACAGGACCAUCAGUGAUUUGAUGAACUUCAUCCUACCGGACACAAGCAUGGCGAUAAAGGACAACCAAAAAACUGACAAAUGCGUAUACUCCGUGCCAGCCCAGCCGCCGAUCUCCGAAAGAAUGAAGUCCAUCAAUGACGCAAAGCAGGCGUUCUUAAACUCCACAAUAAACUCGCAAACGGUGCCGCCUAAAAAAGGAAUCAAGAAAGAAGAGGUUACAUUACAUUAUGCUCAGAUUGCAAUCACAACAGAAAGCGAGGAUUCGAGGAGCACCGGCGGAGGCAAAGACUUCAAGCAAACUGUCAAUCAGUUCAAAAUGAGGGAAACUGUUCCACCAAAAGACAUAUCUCCAAAAAUCAAAAAACUCAUGGAACAACAGCAAAGGAAAGUGAGCUUUAAAAUUAAAAACGCUGGGAGCUCUUACCGACGUGCUCCUGUUGCGAAGACGGUAACUAUCACAAGCAGCAAAGUUACGGAAUUAACAAAGAAGUUUAAUGAUCUAGUGGUUAAUGAACCGAUCAGAGGGACGAAAAAACCAUUGACUAAAACAAUAGAUGUGCAAGCAGCCCGAUGUUCUGCAAGUAAUAGCUCCACACCGUCUUCGACACUUUCAAGUCCGAAUAUAAAAAUAGUAGUGCGUCAACGACGAGGCUCAAAAAAACGAAAUAGUAGACGAAGGUGUUCAAGUAUGGAUUCCAUUGACAAACACGUCUCUGAUACUUCUUCAGCCAGAAUGCGUAUAAUCCGCUCAAAAUCCGAUAACACCAAAAUACCAAAAUCGCCUAAGAAAAGAUUAAAAUACUCCAAUUCUAGUGAACAGAGUGGCUCUGAUUCCAUAGAUGGCUCUCCCAAAAAAACAAGCAGUAAAGAUGUCGAACCCCCUAAAGAAAGAAAACCAACGGAAAGCAACGUAGUUAAAAAUGUUAUUAAGAAAUUUGAAUGCGAAAUCAUUGCACAGACCAAUUCAACUAAUAACACACUAAAAAGACCACCUGCGAAACCCCAAAAACCUUUACCCAUGCCUAAAGAGAAACCAAAAGUACCUGAAAAGAAAUCAACUUUAGUUUUAACGAAAAAUAUUGUGGUAAAGGACGGUGUUCCUAAAAUAAAGACUAUAAAACCGGCUCCUUCGGAACUGCCCCCAAAACCAGUAAACGUGAAAACACCUAUCGCUGCUGAAAAUCUCAAAAGAAAAGAAUCUCUUUAUGAUAAAAAUAAGUAUAAAACUAACUACAUACAUUCCGAAAAACUGCCUUUAAAGAUUGUUGAAAUAAUUCAAGAGGAUAUCAGCGAGAGUUCUAUGCCAUCGAUUAAUCCAGAACCAGAGAGAGUAGCGUCGCCUGAUAGUAAAGUGGAUGAAAAAGUGCAAGAUGUUAAUAAUAGUAUAACUCCUAACGAAUCAUUUCUUUGGCGGCGGAAAAGUAGCAUACUUUGUUCGGAUUCUGAAAAAUCUGUGUCAGAAAGCCCGUACAGUUUUUAUAGCUGCAGUCUUAAUGAAACGGCGGAAUCAUGUCCGGAAGUUUUCAUAUCUACUGAAGAAUCUCCUAAUAGUGUAGUAACUAUUUCGCAAACAAACGAAGAGACUGGAACUGAUCCUACUAAUGAGUCUAAUUCAGACUUUGAAAGUAACUUAGUUGAGGCUUAUAACAAAGAAAUUUUAGUCGGAUUUACGUCGAAACCUAAAAAAGACGACGUUGUUGAAGACGAUUAUGAAAUCUUAGAACCAAGAGACACUGAAAACGUAGUCAUAAUACCUGUUAGAACGCUGGAUAGAGUUUCAAAAAUAAACUGUCCUCUACCUGAAAUUCCUAAAGAAGAGCCGGUAGAAAAGAAAAAAGAUGUCUCGGGAGAAAAUAUUUAUCAAUGCCUUUUAGAAAUGAGAUCGCAUCCUGAAGGAGACGAGAGUAGUUUGCAUAGUUACGAGCUGUGCGAUUCGCAGUUAGAAGAGAGAACUAGAGGCGAUGGAGACAGCGACGACGGUUAUGAAUACUGCAAGUCACCAAUCAAACCCUACUGUGUUACCUCCAGUUCCGGAAUACAAAUAGCUGAAAAUUACCAGCCCUAUCAACCUGAAGCUAGCAAAAACUACGAAGUCUCCAAAUCUGUGAGCGGCACAUCGACCGUCAGCUACGAAAAGAUCGGCUCCGACAGAAUAUACGAGCGAAUACCCGCGAGAGCUCCCAAGUCUAAAGAAAGCAGCCCCACGGAUAGGAAAAGACAUUCCUACGCCUCCGACUACACGACCUAUAACGAUUCUGAGAACAUCUACGAUACAAUCAAGCACGCUGACGCAAAUUCCCUAUCGCAUUGCUAUGAAAGCAUCCCGAACAGCCCGAGUAUGGUGAAACUGAGAAAUAAUCUUAGGAAACAAUUAGCUUCUACUGUUCAUAAGCGGUUGUCGUUCGAUAAUAUGUCCAAUAUAAGUCAGUCGACGAUUUCGAGUGAGCAGAAGACUAAUAGUAUAUACGGGCAGAGAUCUGUGCUCAGUUACAAUGGUCAGGAAGUCGCUUUUCAAGUACCGAGUAGCGAGACAAGUGUCAGUGACAGGAGCGAUCGCAGUGACGACUGGGUCGACGUAUCAGACGAGGAGAGAACCGAUGAACAGAAGAUCAUUAUUGUGCGAGAGAGAAGUCGCGGAAGAAAGAGUCCAAUCAGCUGGUCGCAGAAAGUGCGGCAUCAGUGGCAGAAGACGCCUAAAGAGACUGAGAACGGCCAAGAAUGCGACAGCGGCGACUCAGGCCAUCUAUACGAGUCGCUGGAAACACCGCCACCGGCCGCGCAUGAGGCAAGACUCACGCAUGACACACGCACGCACGCGCACGCGCUAGAUGACGACUUUGACUCGUUCGACAGCGAUACGGAGGACGAACACGAGUCUGCCGCCCACCAGGCACCAGCACUGCCAGCAUCCCGGCUUCCAGCUCCGCCGAGUGCUGGAUACACGCUCACCAAGAUAGCCAGCGUGGCUCACAAGAAGAUGCGACAGCUCAAACGGAACUUCACCAAGCGAUGCUCCGUGGCAAUGGACGGUAAUCCCUUCGCAAAAGUAACGACGCCGAAAACCGACACAUAUAACGAGACGAAGAAAUCGCCCAUAUACGCCAACUGCGAGCGCCCCGAGCACAGCUACAGCAAUAUGAACUUUCAAGACACACUCAAUAAGACUGAGAAUCCCGUGAAGGGUUUCAAAGAUGAACUGAAGACGGUUAUUAGUGAGAAGAGGUUUAGUAAUGGAGAGAUGGCGCCACCGUUGCCAGAAAAACAAGAGAAGCAAGACAAACCAUCGACCCCUACGAGUGAGACUAAGAAAGACAGCGGGACGUUGUCUAGAAAAACGUAUUUUUCGUUCAAAUCGCGGUUCAGACGAGCGACGUCGAUGGCAGUGGAUAUCAACUCGGAUGUGCCUAGUGCGUUGAAGAUCACUAAUUCGACGUUCUAUUUGACUGACUCGAUGGAUGGAGACUCCGGGUUUAGCAACUGCAGCGACAACGGGCAAGGCAGCGUGGAGACCCUGUCACCGACCGCCCCGGCGCGCCACCACCGCGACGGUACGCGCGCGCUCAUCUCCGCGUCCACGCCCUGCCUGGCUCGAGCUCAGGCUCAGGCCACAGCUCAGGCCAGCCAGGCAACUCAGGCCACUCAGGCCGCGCUCGAGCGGCCGAGCGUGCCGCCGCCGCCGCCGCCCGGCCGGCCCACUGACAUUAGCGCUGUCAAUGAAGAACUGAAACGACUGCUGCCGACGCUGACGCGGAAGGACAAGGCGCCGCGCGCGCGCACCUCUUGGUACGCCGAAUGUGGUUCCGACACCUCCACGCACACCUCUAAUACUUCUUGGUACGCGGAGGCCGGCCUCUAUCAAGCUGGCAACAUCUCAUCAUCGUCGGGAGCAUCGUCAGGCUCGCACCCCGCCUCGCCACUUCCUCAUUCCCUGUUCACACACGAACCACUCUACCAGUUCUACAACGCGGCUAAAGUAGAGUCCGUCUGCCGCGACACCGGUGACUCAGAUUCGGACGCAUACGACGCGGGCGCCGGCUUGGGCGCCACGCCUGCGCCUUCCCGGCCGUCGGCCAUGGCGCUGGUGGCGCCGCGGGGCCCCGCGCGCACGCUCUGGUGCGAAGUGCCAGAAGUGCUGCAGUCUACUGUCCUCAGUUCCCUAGCGCCAGCUCAAAAGCGCCUCCAAGAGGCCAAGUUCGAGCUGCUCACCUCAGAGGCGUCGUAUCUCAACUCGCUCAAUGUCCUCGAGUCGCACUUCAUCGCGCACCCCGCCUUCCGCGACCCGCAGGUGCUGCCCCGCGAGGAGUGGGAGGCGCUGUUCUCCACCAUAUUACCUGUACGCAAGUGCUCCCAGCUCCUCAUGGUGGAACUGGAGCGCUGCUGGCAGGAGAACAUCCUGCUCACCGGCAUCUGCGACCUCGUGAGGAGACACGCGGAACAGCACUUCCACAGCUACGUCAAGUACUGCUCGAACCAGGCGCUCAUGGUGCGGGCGCUGCAGCGUUUGAGGGAGAGGCCUGCGUUCGCAACUGCUUUGAGAAGACUGGAAAGCCACCCAGCGUGCCAGUCGUUGUCGCUCCACUCGUUCCUAAUGCUGCCCAUGCAGCGCGUGACCAGACUGCCCUUACUGUUGGACGCCGUGCUCAAACACCUCAACGAGGGAGACGAGGAACGAGAGGGCUGCAUGCUGGCUCUGGCCACGCUCAACCACUUCGUGUCACAGUGUAACGAGGGUGCGCGCAACACGGAGCGUAUUGAAGAAAUGUUCCGGAUAUCGCAGAGCAUCGAGUUCCCGCCCUCUAUGCGCAACCCACCCAACCUUGGUCCGGCUUGCUCACGCCGGGAUAAAAGGCCGGUCCGGUGGCUAGUGCGAUCAGGCGAAGCGACGCAACUGGUAUGGAAAGCGGACGAGUCCAAGCUAACCUUCGGCCGCAAGUUCCACAAGACACCGCUACACUUGUUCCUGUUCAACGACUUGCUUGUCAUCACCAAGAAGAAGGGAGAGAACAGCCACGUGGCGGUGGACUUCUGCCCGCGCUCGCUGCUGGAGGUGUGCGCGGGCGACGCGGGGCCGGGCGCCGCCGCCGCCAAGCACGCGCUGCUGCUGACACUACUCGAGAACCACGAGGGACGCACGCUAGAGAUGCUAAUCUCGUGCCCGUCGGAGACGGACGCGUCGCGCUGGAGCGAGGCGCUCGCGCCGCCCGCGGCCGGCGCCGGCGAGGCCGUGUACGCGGGCUGGGACUGCCCGCAGGCCGUCGCCCUGUACGCGUACGCGGCCGCGCAGCCCGACGAGCUGUCGCUGGCGGAGGGAGAUGUGCUCAACGUCACAAGGAAGACUAGUGAGGGCUGGUACUACGGCGAGCGCACCCGCGACGGCGAGGCGGGCUGGUUCCCGGGCUCCUACACCACCGAGGUGGCCUCCGCGCAUGCGCGCGCGCGCAACCUGCGCCAGCGCUACCGCCUGCUCGCGCUCUCCGGGACCUACCUCGGCCAGAAGAAGAAACCCUGACCGCCCUGACACACGGACAAACGAGUCACAGUGAGAGCUUCGAGGAUUUACGUCAGCUCUAAGCGUGACGUCAGAUAGCUACAAUGGAAUAAAGCUCCCCCACCACGGAGGUCGCGUGACCUCCUCAAACUGAGUUAGCGGUGCCGUUUACUAGCUCUCUCUCUCUCUCUCCGGCACGAGUCUGGGGCAGAAAAAGUCCUGACCUGAUGGACUUACCCAAGGAAAUAGACGUGUCACAGUGUGUAGGGCUUCAAGGACUUAUAUGAAAAGCUUGCGAGCUAGACUUCCCGUAGCUCCGGCGGAACUGGGAUUUACCCUUAAAUUGGCAGUAAAACUAACGUUUAUGCACUUUUUAAGAACCAAAACGUUUGAGCCUGGUGAAUUCUAAUGUUUAUUUGCAAAUUUAAGGCUUGAUACGCUGUGAAAAAGCUACGACAUAUGUAUUUAGAAAGUGAAGAUAUAAGAGCUCUUUCCAGAGACCCCAGGUGAUUGGCUGUUUUUUAUCGCCAUUUCUGGGUCCAGGAUCAGGAGUAUGUCCAGUCUUUUUGUCCAACUAUCAAGUAGCUCAAGUACUUAUAAGAUAAGCCACUCGAAUCGUGGUGCUUUAAUGAGUUGUAAUUAUUAACACAUUUCACAAUUUCAUAAUGAUCUGAGUGAUGAAGCGGUGAAGAGACUAGAAUGUCCGUCCAACCACUGCCUUAUUUUAGUAGACUAUACUAUAGACCCUAGUAUUUUGGAGCAUUUUGACCAACACAAUGUUACUGCACCUACGUUUUGACUCGCGCUACAUCGAGCCGCGCCUCAUACAAGUAUCAUCUGAAAAAACAUUGCGCUGCGAAAUAUGCAAGUGUAACAUGAAACCAGCUUUAAAGUCAGAUCGGUAAGAUGUAGCGCGAGUCCAAAGAGUAUAGUAAGUGUGAGUCAUCAUUAUUUACAAAAACAAAAUGCAUUAAUACUUACAUGUUUUCAUGUAGCCUGCCCGAUUUCUAAGAUCAAGUUCGCCGUAGUAAAAGUACUACGGCGUACUUGAUCUUAGAAAAACAGACGGAUUAUAGUUAUAAUGCAUUUUUGGAAUAGAUUAAUAGUAAGAUAGUGGUGCUUGUUUUAUAACGAUGUAUUCAUGUUUCGCGUUCAAAGAGCGUCAUAAUGUAGUAUACCUAUAAUAGUGGGCGUAUAAUGUAAUGUAUAGAGGAGUGUACAGUUACGCAUGAGAUUCUCGAGAGUUUAUUGUACAGACGUUUAUGAAACUGCUGAUUAGUUGUAAGAUGUAAGUAACGUAUCAUGUAACGGUCAAACUAAUAUUUAGAACGCCGUAGAUGGGUCAUUCUUCAGAUUUGUGCCUGCGUCUAAACUCCGUCGAGCCAUACAUGUAUGAAAAGUUUGACGGAGUUGAGUCUGACCGCAGUCAUAUAAUUUGAGAACCGCCCAGAUCCCUGUUAAAAUGCGAAUUACAUUUGUACCCUGAAGGCAAAGUAAAUACGAGAUUUAAGGCUAUCGCUAUUAUAACUUGUGGAAAGGUGAAGCGAAUAAAACAAGAUGCCUCUGGAGGACUUAUCCGAACAUAGAAUUUUCAUCUCUGUCACUCACAUAAUACAAUAAAUAUCUUGUAAUUUUGUAAGUUUAACAAGGUUUUGCGAUGAGUUAUUAUUUAGUUUGGCCGCAGCCGCACCAACAGCUCGUUGUCUUGCCCGCUGUUUCGUUAUCUUAACUAGUCAUAUAAGCGGACGAGACGAUUUCUUCAUGAAAUUAUCACAAUUAAUUUAAUUUUAGAACAUUCCCAUGUUUACCUACCGUGUAAUUAUAUUUACUAUUUUACUAUUAACAUUUGAAUUUAUGUACUUAAGUAAAUUAUUGUUAUACAUUUGUAUAUGAAUUAGGGUCGACAUUCUUUAUAGGGCUUAUUUAUAGUGUUGUCAAAUAUAACUCCGUACAUAUCA